UCGUAUUUUUGUUCCUGUGUCAACGUAACGAAGAAAAGAAGCAGCGAGAGCCGGCGAAGUUUCCGUUAAAUAUACUUUUUCCAGACGUUCACAGAAAAGGCUCCUUCUCUCGGACUCCAGCCGGACCUCCACCGACCCAGCAGACCGGCUUUUCGAAGAUGAACUCCAAUGUGGAGAAUUUGCCCCCUCAUGUUCUUCGCUUGGUCUACAAAGAGGUUUCGGCUUUAGCAGCAGACCCACCUGAGGGCAUCAAGAUUUACCCCAGCGAAGAAGACAUCACAGAGCUUCACACGGCCAUCGAAGGACCAGAGGGAACUCCGUUUGCUGGUGGCAUUUUCCGAAUGCGUCUGGUCCUCGGGAAGGACUUCCCUGCUGUUCCACCCAAGGGGUAUUUCCUGACCAAGAUUUUUCACCCCAACGUGGGCCACAAGGGAGAGAUCUGUGUCAACGUGCUGAAGAGGGACUGGAAGGCAGAACUCGGCCUCAGACACGUCCUACUCACAAUCAAGUGUCUCCUGAUCCAUCCGAACCCGGAGUCGGCUCUGAACGAGGAGGCGGGCCGCUUGCUGUUGGAGGACUAUGCAGAGUACGAGUCCAGAGCCCGUCUGCUCACAGAGAUCCACGCCAUGGGCGGGCCGGGCGGCACGUCCGGGGCGCCUCAGGACCCCAACGACGGCCCGCAGCCCAAGAAGCACGCGGGCGACCCAACGAAGAGGGCGGGGCCCAGCGUGGCGGCGGUGCCGGCAGCUCUGGGCAAUGGGGCCAACGGAGCCAGCACCACCAGCAGCAAUAGCAACAGCAGCAGUAGUAGCACCAAUAACGUAGCAGGGAAAAAGAAAGCAGAUAAAAAGCGAGCAUUGAGGCGACUUUAAUACCUCGGCGAGAUUCUCAGUGGGCGUGUGCGUAUGUGUGCGAGUGCGAGAGUGUAAAUAUAAAUAUUGAAGUGUGCUGACGAAGUUUUUGUUCCCUUUUUCUGACUCUUUCUACCCCCGACCCAGACUGUCCACUUUGUACUCACACCUCACCCUUGGUUCUGCCUCCGGUUGGGCUCGUCCUGUUGGCAUUACAGGUCUGUUAAUUAUUUCCAUACCUGAAGACGUCACCAAACGCAUCAAGACAGAAGGCACACGGAGAUCAUGCCAUCAGCUUUCCUUUGGUCUGUUCCGAAUGAGUGACGGAGAACAUGUUCGUCCUUUAACGAGACAUAACUUGUGUGGUCUCGGACUCGAUCUCAGCUCUUUUUACAGCGUCUCUCGGUCCGUGCUGCUGUGAUGGUACCGUGUACUGCACAGCGCGGUUCACUCUUGAGUCCAAACCAGGAUUAAUUAAUUAAAGUCAGGUUUUCAAAUUGAGCUCAAGUGAAGCGAUUUUGCAAGUUGCACCAUUUAGAGAUGAAAUGAUCUUUUUAAAAUCGUCUGUUUCGUAUUUAGAUCUGAAUGAAGUAAAGGUAUGGAAAGAGUUAGCAGCAGCAGAGUGUAGGAAGUCUGGUAUGGCUUUUUUUUUUUUUUUUUUCUAAUUGUUUCACUGUCCAGUAUUUUCAAAAGUCGUUUUUAAUUGACAUAUCCAUAUUCAGCUGUCUCGUGGUUGUGUGUGAAGACGUAGAUCAGUGGCUGUAAGGGAACAGGGUAACUUUUAUAAAAAACAAGAAUCAUCUGUUCUCUGUAUUAGGCAUACUGUGAUGUGAGUCGCUUCAACUACGCCUGCUUCCCUAAGACAAAAAAGAAAAAACAAAAAAAGCAGUUUGUGCUCUCAGACCAGCUGUGUGGCCUCCGGAGAAGACAGGAAACGUCCCCGCUCAAUAGGAUUCGUCUCGUUACACGUUCAGGGUUUCUCGGGCAGGUUUUCUCACAGUUCUAACUGCAUGCCGGGUCUACAUUUCCCAAGGAAACACACUGAAGCGCCGACUUAAUCUGGACGGAAAAGGUGCCUCUGAAACUCCUGUUACUGUGCAGACUGUUGGCUGGAUAUUUUGUGUCCAUUUUAAAUUAUUUAAAUUAAUAAAAUACGAGAAGUGAAAUGGAAAAAAA